AUGCGCCGAAGAUUCUUUAUCAUUUCCGUCAACAUUGUUUGUACUUCUGCGUUUUGUUCUUUCGUUAUUUUUUCGGUGUCCCUGGUUGAACGAUGGGCAGACAGUUGUCGUUGUUUUCUGUCGUUCCGGUUUUUGUUUGUGUGUGUUUAAUGAACGUAAAGUGCGUCGAGACUCAGAACGUAUCUGAUUUUAGCUCCUUCACAGAAACCUUCCGCCGCGUCUAUCAUGUCCACAGUGAAGAAUUCAGACGGCGUUUUCGGUACUUUCAGAAUGCUACAAAGCGACACGCCCAUCUGAACUUAUUUUCCACUGGUCCUCAGUCUGCCAAGUAUGGCAUCAACCAGUUUUCUGAUCUCUCACCAGACGAAUUCAGAGAUGUCUACCUGCGAGCAAGCAUGGACAGAGCUCCUCCCUACUCUGGACAGACGCUAAAGGGCCUACCAUUGAAAUUUGACUGGAGGGACAAAGCGGUGGUGGGGCCAGUCCAGGAUCAAAAAGCAUGUGGGAGUUGCUGGGCUUUCAGUGUUGUUGGGGCCUUGCAGGCAGUUCACUCUAUAGCAGGCUGGCCGCUGGAGCAGCUCAGUGUGCAACAAGUUGUGGACUGCUCCUACCUAAACCAGGGUUGCAAUGGAGGGUCCCCAGCCAAGGCAUUGUACUGGUUAAAGCAGACAAACGUCACCCUGGUGUCCCAGUCAGAAUAUCCCUACAAGGCCACAACAGGAAUGUGCCAUUUUUUCUCCCGAUCACAUACCGGUGUUUGUUUAAAGGACUUUUCUGCACACAGCUUUAGUGAUCAAGAGGAAGCGAUGAUGGGGCAGCUGGUGCUUCGAGGUCCGCUGGUUGCUGUCGUGGAUGCUGUCAGCUGGCAGGAUUACCUGGGUGGCAUCAUCCAGCACCACUGUUCCUGCCAAGAGGCUAACCACGCUGUCCUGGUCGUCGGAUAUGAUGCCACUGGGGACAUUCCGUACUGGAUUGUGCAGAACUCCUGGGGCACCACCUGGGGGAAUGAGGGUUAUGUCUACCUAAAAAUUGGUGGCAACAUUUGUGGUAUUGCAGAUUCUGUGGCAGCUGUUGUCCUUUGAUCUCAGCGUGUGGAACGUCUUGCAUGUUUAAGUGUCUGUGUGUAAAAUCACUUUGCCUUCAAGUGUCAUUUUAAAUGUUUUAUUGAAAUGUUGCAAUGUUACAUAAAAAAAAUAAAUUUUUGUUUUUUAAACAUAAAACUGCAAUAAGAACAAACUGUACAACAUAUGUACUUAAAAAUACACAGUAAGGUGACAAUUCAGAAAUCACAUGUAUCACCACAUGCGUAAAUACAGGCAGUAUUAAUUUAACCCCAUCGACUAUACAGUAUAUAACUAUAUUUUUAACAUUAUAUACACAAGCAUACUACAGGUUUUCUACUUAUUUGUUGUAUUAGUGUGUAGAUGUUGGUGAUUCAUUCAGCAGUAGAUCAUAAUCAUACCUGCUCUUACAUACUCAGAUCCCAUCUCAGUAGACCAAUGUAUCUUUGACAAAUAGGGAGGUAAUGUGAUUAUUUCCAGAUAUUCUCAGUGAUUUUAGUCCCAUCCGAAUGCACCAUUUCAGUCAUUUUCACAGAGUGCACGCUCCCGUAUCAGUAAGCACUUCGACACAUUUCCCCCAGUACCCCAUAUGUAACUAAUAAGGUCUGAACAGGGAUUAUGACAGUUGAUCUGACAUGAAAUAUAAUAAUUCUGUUUAAAAAAAUCCAUCACCAGCAGCAUUUUAGUGCAUGGUUUGGUCACUUUGCUGUCAGAUCAGUCAUGCUGAAUUUUUACAAUUCUGCUGAGAAAGCAUCAAAGCAAAUUCUAUCAAAGUUGUACCUGCUGCUGCACCUGCUGGUUUGGGAUUAAAAUGUUCCAACAUGUCCAGUGAUUUAUUCAGGGACUGACACUGUGUCGCAGGUAUCCAUUUAAAUCUCAUGUGGCUUUUUAUACUUCAUCAUGAUGUAAAUCACAACUUGCAGUGAUUUAAAUUUUGAUGUCCAACAGCCUUUUAGAGUUUCAGAAUCAAAUUCAGAACAAAUUCUUUGUUUUGGUGCUUAAAGGGGGA